AGACCGUCCUGCGCUUAGGCCAUCAUCGGCCGGUGGUAGGGCGUAGCGCAGAGGCGGAAAGCCGGACAGAGCAGCUGGGUACCGGGCGGAGGAGGCGGCGACAAAGGCCACCGACAGGCGGCCACUAACCGAGUGGAGUGAAGGCUGUGGGCGGGAGGAGCAGCAGCCGCAGCGGCAGGAUGCGCAACUUCCACGGUUGGGUCCAAACAUCACCUGUCAGCAGGUGGGAAAAAUGACGAACACCUUCCUCCUCGCUGUUUGAGCAUGCCGCUUGGUUAGCAAAGCCGACCGAGAGGAGCCUUACUUCUCUUGCACGGCUUGACCUCCGGACACGCGAACGCAGGCACGCCGAGUCGGCUCUGUUCAAGCGCAGCCAUGCUGAUCAAGGAGUACCGGAUCCCUAUGCCCAUGAGUGUGGAGGAGUACCGCAUUGCUCAGCUCUAUAUGAUCCAGAAAAAGAGCAGAGAGGAGAGCUGCGGCGAGGGCAGCGGAGUGGAGAUCCUGGAGAACAAGCCUUACGAAGAUGGCCCUGGAGGCUCGGGUCAGUACACACACAAGGUCUACCACAUCGGCAAACACAUCCCGUCCUGGUUCUGUGCCAUUCUUCCUCAAGCUGCCCUUCGAGUGGAGGAGGAGUCCUGGAAUGCUUACCCCUACACACGAACUCGGUAUACUUGUCCAUUUGUGGAGAAAUUCUCCAUAGACAUUGAGACGUACUAUAAACCAGACACUGGAAAUCAAGCAGAUGUCUUCAAUCUCUCCUCUGCUGAAAAGAGACAGAGGACUGUCGACCCUAUAGACAUUGUCAAGGACUACAUCCCUCCUCAUGAAUACCUGGUGGAAGAAGACCCUAAACUGUACCAGUCAAUCAAAACCAGACGGGGCCCGCUGACAGAGGACUGGAUCGAGGAGAUCAACCAGAACCCUGGUCAGACUGUCGUCAUGUGUGCCUACAAGCUGUGCAAAGUGGAGUUUAGAUACUGGGGCAUGCAGUCCAAGAUUGAACGCUUCAUACACGACGUAGGUCUCCGCAAAGUGAUGGUCAGGGCCCACCGGCAGGCGUGGUGCUGGCAGGACGAGUGGUAUGGUCUUACCAUCGAGGACAUCAGGCAGCUGGAGCUGGAGACCCAGUUAGCUUUAGCUAAGAAGAUGGCCCAGUACAGCCUGAACGAGGAAGGCGGAGGAGAGACCAACGGCUCCUCGGUUAGCCAGGAACAGGAACAGGCAGGAGAGAACCUGGGGUCAGCCGCGGAGAACGAGGGAACACGAGGAAAGCUCGGAGAUUCUCUGGAGACACGAGGGGAGCUUACCAAGCAGUGGUCCACAUCUUCCAGAUCAUCCAACAGGUCAUCAAAGAGAGGAACGAGCCCGUCUCACCACAGCAUUUCAGAGUGGAGGAUGCAGAGCAUUGCCCGGGACUCUGACGACAGCACCGACGACGAGUUCUUCGAUGCCCACGAGGACUUUUCUGACAAUGAGGAGAUGUUCUCCAAGGAAAUCACCAAGUGGAGCUCUAAUGAUCUCAUGGACAAGAUAGAAACAAUAGAAGUGGAUGAACCACAAGGAUCGUACCAGGAGUCCAGUGAGGAGUACAGCGUCACCGAGGACAUCCAGAUGGAGGACUGUUCGUCCCAGCAGUGUCCCCAGCCGUCCAAAAUCCAUGUCCUCCUUCUGGUCCUGCAUGGUGGUAACAUAUUGGACACAGGCUCUGGUGAACAGAACAGUAAGCAGGGAGACGUGAACACUCUGAGCGGGGCCUUUGAGACGGUGAUGAGGGUCCACUACCCCACAGCGCUGGGACGCAUCGCCAUCCGGAUGGUCCCCUGUCCCGCUGUGUGUGUCGACGCCUUUUCGCUCGUCUCCAACCUAAGCCCCUACAGCUACGACGAGAGCUGCCUGUCCAGCAGCCAGGACCACAUCCCGCUGGCCGCUCUGCCUCUUCUGGCCACAUCUGCGCCGCAGUACCAAGACGCGGUGGCAGCGGUGAUCCUCAGAGCCAAUCAGGUUUACGGCGACUUCAUCAAGUCUCCAGAGGGAGCGUCUUUCACUGGCCAGGUGUGUGUGAUCGGGGACUGUGUGGGAGGAAUCCUGGGCUUCGAUGCGCUCUGCAGCAGCUCCGUGACGGUGUCAGAGAGCCAGAACAGCAGCAGGCGGGGCAGCACCAUUAGUGUCCAGGACACAGAACUUCUUUCUCCUGGUAUUAUCAUAAACAGCAUCUCCCCGUCCUCACCAUCCCUCGAGGGAAGCCGCCAUCUCAGCCGCAGCAACAUCGACAUCCCUCGCAGCUCGGGGCCCGACGACCCAAAGAAACAGCUCCCCCGCAAGCGGAGCGACUCCUCCACCUACGAGCUGGACACCAUCAAGCACCACCAAGCCUUCCUCUCCAGCCUGCACUCCAGCGUUCUCCACGGGGAGCCCGGCUCCCGGCGCUCCAGCAACAGCACCAUGCUGGAGGGGGGCUCCUUGGGAAAGUUCGACUUUGAGGUGACCGACUUCUUCCUGUUCGGCUCUCCUCUGGGGCUGGUGCUUGCGCUGAGGAAGACUGUGGUCCCCUCCUUAGAUGUGGCUGCCCUACGUCCAGCCUGUCAGCAGGUUUACAACCUGUUUCAUCCGGCAGACCCCUCUGCCUCCCGCCUCGAGCCUCUCCUUGAAAAGAGGUUCCACCUGUUGCCUCCCCUCAGCAUCCCUCGCUACCAGCGCUUUCCCCUGGGUGAUGGACUCUCAGCUCUCUUAGUUGACACUGUUCAGAGUAACCCGCAGCUUCUGAUGGAGUCUGGCGGUGCAACCUCCCACCGCUGCCACGAGAGUCCUGCCAGCGAGACCUCCAUCCUUGUCCCGGUCCUGAACUCCCAGACCUCUCUGGUCCACACUGAGGCUGAUACUCUUCAGUCCACUUUAUAUGCUGAUGGCCUGUGCCCAGCGUCGACAUCGCCAGGUGUCCCCCAUCUUCGCUGCAGUCGCAGGGCCAGCGAGGCCAGCAUAGCCAGCCAGGUGUCUGGCUUAGCAGACUCUUACACCGCUACCAACAUUGCCACAACAAACAAAUGUGAAGUGAGGCACUCAAAAAGACCCAGCCUGCUGUUACAGGUGCCUUACAAUAGGUUUGUCUCUCGGAGCGCGACUGUUCGCUUGCACAACAAAAUCCGCCGGGUGUUCCCAAGAGCUAAUGGUGUGGAAUCUGAGCAGAGCUCAGAUCUUAGCUCUGACAUGACCUCUGACCUCACUGAUGUCACAUCUGACAUCACAGACACCAGCUCGGUGCCCCCAUCGCCCAGGCUGCUGAAGAGCAUAGAGCAAGUUGCGUCUCGGUGGUGGGGCAGUAAGCGGAUGGACUAUGCUCUGUACUGUCCUGAUGCUCUGACAGCGUUCCCAACUGUGGCUCUGCCUCAUCUCUUCCACGCCUCCUACUGGGAGUCCACAGAUGUCGUCUCGUUCCUACUCAGACAGGUAAUGAGACAUGAGAACUCAAGCAUAUUGGAGCUGGACGGUAAAGAAGUGUCUGAAUUUACGCCCUCCAAACCUCGGGAGAAGUGGCUUCGCAAAAGGACUCACGUCAAAAUACGGAACGUGACGGCUAACCAUCGUGUGAACGAUGCCGUCUUCACGGAGGACGGCGUGCAGACAGUAACGGGACGGUUCAUGUACGGGCCUCUGGACAUGGUCACUCUCACCGGAGAAAAGAUCGACAUCCACAUCAUGACCCAGCCUCCAUCUGGGGAGUGGGUCUACUUCGAUACAGAGCUCACUAAUAGCAGUGGGCGCGUCUCUUACGUUCUCCCAGCGAACAAAAGACUGGGUAUUGGAGUGUAUCCCGUUAAAAUGGUGGUCAGAGGCGACCAUACAGUCGCAGACAGUUAUCUCACUGUUGUACCCAAAGGCACCGAGUUUGUUGUUUUCAGCAUCGACGGGUCGUUCGCCGCUAGCGUGUCUAUAAUGGGAAGCGACCCCAAAGUUCGAGCUGGAGCAGUGGAUGUGGUGAGGUACUGGCAGGACCUGGGCUACCUGAUCGUGUACGUGACGGGUCGCCCUGACAUGCAGAAGCAGCGCGUGGUGGCCUGGCUCUCCCAGCACAACUUUCCGCACGGCAUCGUGUCCUUCUGCGAUGGGCUCGUUCACGACCCGCUCAGGCAUAAGGCCAACUUCCUCAAAUGUCUCAUCAAUGAGGCCCACAUGAAGAUCUUUGCUGCCUACGGCUCCACCAAGGACAUCUCUGUGUACUCGUCUAUCGGCCUGCCCCCCUCUCAGAUCUACAUUGUAGGGAGGCCUACCAAGAAGUUGCAGCAACAGUGCCAGUUUAUUCCGGACGGCUACGCGUCCCACCUGUCCCAGCUGGAGUACAACCAAAGGUCUCGUCCAGCCAAGUCCACGACCACCCGCAUGGUCCUCCGGAAGGGCAGCUUCGCUCUCGGUGCCGCCGGAGGAGAUUUCCUCCGCAAACGCAACCACAUCUUUCGCACCAUUUCCUCCCAGCAGCCCGGAGGCUCGGGGUCCGGCUCGGCCAGCCAGCCCGUACGGACUGAGCGCACGCUGAGCCAGUGCGAGGGAGAGCAUGAGCGGUCGUUCGCAACCGCCACCCAGAGGAGUAUGAGCAUAGCAGCAGGGUGCUGGGGCCGCGGCAACAAGGAGGUCCCCAAGUAAAGUUUACACAAGGAAGGAAGGACCCGGCCUGGGCCGCCAUGGGUUCUGGACGGAUCUGGAUGGAUGUUUAGGUUUGUAGCUGGUUUGUAGAGGAACGGCAUGCAGAGGGAUCUUCCCAGGGGGAGCAGACUUCUAAAGCCAAGCUGGGAGGCAGAGGCCAAAAAUGUUGUGUAGCAUGAUUCUCUUACUGUCAGACUUUUAUAAGAUGCAUCACUUUAAAAAAAAGAUGAAAUAUUGUAAGCCUUAAAUUGAUCUCGUUCAACGGGACCCCUUCCAUUCCCCUCUCCAAAGGACAACUCCUGUCCAAGCAUUCACGCUCAUGAGCUCAGGACUGUUUCAUCCUCAGUCAACCACAAGUCUGAGGCCAAGUUUAUUUGGCUUUCACCUCAACUUCUGUCCUACUGUUUCAAACCACACCACCCACGAUGGCUGGCAAGAAGCACACCCGUAUGAAUCCAAAAGGAUAUAAAAAAGAAAAGGAAAAGCAGAUAGUUUUGGUUCUUUUGGAAACAUGAAUGAAGAACGAAUACGUCCCUCAUAUUCACCACUAUGGAUGAAGAACUUAGGGAAAAUUUAAAAAAAAUUAAUUAGAAUUUUAUCUUUAGGCAAUUUUCAUGGAUAGUCUAUUGCAGAAGCAAAUGGUUUUGUCUAAUUGCUGUAGUCAUAAAUGCGCUAAACAUCAUAUAAUUAAUGGUAUUAUAGCCUAUUUCUUACUAAAAACCUUGUCUUUCUAAUAACUUUUAAGUGACCUCCUUUGAGUGUGUAUUGGAGAUAUAUAACCUGAUUUCCUAACAGUAGACAAUGAGUUAAUUAUAGAAUACUGUUAAAGCAGGUACCAAACCUCCCCCAUAUGCCUGUUCCCUUUUAUCGUCAAACAAAUAAAUUAAUAAAUAAAUCAGCAUGAGUGCCCCCUAAAGUUUGAAUUGCAAUUCAAAGAUUCCAACCCUGACCUCACAAUCAAAUAUGGCUGUCCAGAUAAAAGAAGUUGGAAUUACUGCAUUAUUUAACUAUUGGAUAAACUACAAUUAACAAUUACAAUUACAUUUUUAUUUGUGAGCAUUACACAAAAGAAAUAAUAGUGUAAACUAGGAUGCUGCACUGUAGUUACAGCAGAUGUUAGUAAAACACAUGACCGAGGUAGUUCCAAAGUGUAGGGGUUUUAACCCACAGUGUGUUGGCCUGUUUCCUUUUUGGUGUAUGAUCUUCCUCAUCAUCAGCCGAUUGUGAUGAUGGCAGAGCAGAAAAUUGUGAAUCGUGAUCAACUCAUUAAUUGAUCUUUUUGUGUUAAAAAAACAACAACAAAAGAACUAAAAUAUCUUCUAAAUUUGAAAUUGCAACUUGGAAACUUGAAGACUCAAAACCUGACCUAUUAAAUCCAGUAUGGCUACCUGCGUAUAAAAAGUAGUUAUAGCCUCAUAAUACAUUUUUGGAAAGAUCAUGAUAACAUUUUCACGCUUUACUAGUUUUAGUUUCUAAAAAAGGAAAAACACCAUAUUUGUGCGUGUUUUUUUUUUUUCUGGCAGUGUAAAAAGUAUUUCCUAAAACUUCUUUCCAUUUUACGAAAAAGUCAGGGUUUUGAAGUAGAAACCAAUUAGCUGGAACUGACCUUUAAAGCCUGUCUUGCAAUUUUCUACACCAACCCAGGCCUCAAAAUGCUAAAUCCAAUAUGGCUGCCCAGUGUAAAACGUGGAGUUAGUGUCAGUAACAAACUAUUUAUU